CUCCCUUUUAUCCCCCAGUAUUUAGAGAGAGAAAGUGUUGUGAGGAUAAGCCAAAGCUAAAGCUAUAGAAAAAAUGGAUCAAAUUUUACACAACUCCCUCCUCCUUAUCGUCAUCAUCAUCGUCUCCAUGUUUUCCCCCAAAUUACACGGCAGAGAACUCCGUCCAUCGGAGCACGGCUUACCAUAUCAACACUCGUCAUACCCAACUGCAAAAUCCACCGAUCCAGAAUUGCAUUCAUUCUUCGCCGGCACCGGAGAGAAAACGCCGUCUUCGUUACCGGAGGCUAGGAAUUUGACGUGGUGGAAUAAUUCCGGCGAUCAAAUGUCACGUGACAGCAACCGUAAAGAUCACGUGAGAGAAGUCCUAUUGGUUUCCAGCUUGGUUUGUGGAGCAGCCGGCGUCGUUUUGCUCGCCGUUUCGGCGGUUGUUUUCGUCGUUAGGCUACGAAGGAGAAAUCAAAGAGAAACCUCAUUGUCAACGUUAGGGUCAACGUCAGUGCCUAACGUCGUUAAUAAAUGAUGAAGUAAAAGUAUAGUGAUUAUUAUAAUAAUAAUGUCACGAUAAGGAUAAGGGUUUAAUUCCACUUAAUCCGCUUUCAUUUUGAUUUAUGUGUACAUAAUAAUUCAUCAUUUAAUUAUUGAGAUGAGUGAGAUAUACUUUUUCCCUCUUCUUUUUAUUUCUCUCUUUCAGAAAAUUAAUUAGUUGUCAAUGGCCCUAUAAGGGUUACUCUUGUAGUUUGUUCUUCAUAAGAAUUUUUU